AUGUCAGCAAUCCAAUUACUGUUAUCCAGUGGUGUGUUUUUAUAUGAAGUUAUUCCUUUCCUUGUGGAAGAAAAAACUCCAAAAAAACCUGUGAACCUCGAUGGUGCUGAAGAAGAAUAUUCCGACAAAGAACCAAUUGAGGAAGAAACAGAAGAAUCUAUUGCAGAAACAAGUUGGCAAAGGCUUUCAUAUUUAGUUUCGUUAAGAUUAGUUUGCAAAGAUUGGAAUGAUGGUUUUGUGAAUGCUUCUGAUUUUUGGAAUCAAUUCAUGAUUAAAAAUUUGGAGAAUUCAAUGAAAGCAAGAGGCAAUGAUGAAAAGAUUGAAAUUGAAUUUCCAAAUAAGGAUGACAAGAAUAGUUUCAUGUUGAAUUGCAUUCGAAACUCAUUCCUUGCGAGAAAUACAAUUGAUCAUUUAACAGAGUGGGACCAAUACAAAUAUGAACAAACCUAUGUUUAUAAUCCUGCUAUCCUCAAUGAAUUCAAUGAUGAAUUAAUUUCAGAAAUGAUUCGUCUCGUUUCACCUUUCAUUUUUAUUGAAAAACUCGAUAUUUCCACAUAUUCCUACGAUCAAUCAGAUGUAGAAAUUAACUUUACUAUUGCAAACAUUCAAGGAACUACCCAAUUGACCAAAUUAUUUUUCACAGUUUAUAGAUGUGAUUACGGAAAUGGAAAUGGAGAUUUACUUAGAUCAAACAAAAUUACAAUGGAUGAAGGAACUGUUACACUUGUUGAAACUGAAAUUUUAAGCCAAAACCAAGAAACAGAUGAAGGAAGUUGGAUAAAAAGAUUUACCAAUUCAGAUAAGAAUAUAAUUAAGGAAGUAAUGGAAAAAAUUGGAUUGAGAGAUUUGAAUGCUAUAGAGAUGGAUGAAUCUUAUAGAAUUCAAGCCAUUAUUCAAGGAAUAGAAAGAGGAAAAUCAAAAGCAGUAGAUUACAAUAAUUUAACAACUACAUUGGACAAUCCUUUGAAUAUGGAUAUUUAUCGUGAUGAAAGUACUUGUACAGAAAUGAUUCAAUCAAGAUUGAACCGAUUUAAUAUUUCCUUUGAUGAUUAUGAAAGGUAUUACAAGCCUAGUGGAUCUUCAUUCGACAUGUUUUUAACUCAAUCCCUAAUUCUAUCUCUUGAAAUGUACAAAUUUAUGAGCUCAGAGGUUUCAAGCGAGUAUCAAACUCAUGAAAAUGAUCUACUACCAGAAAAAUAUAUGGAAUACUGGCCUAACAAGUCUUACAUGUCUCAGGUAAAGAUAUUGGUUGGAAAAAAACUAAUGGAAAGGAAAAUAGGAAUUAGAAUUGAAUCAUCGAGUGGUUGGUAUCAAUUUGUGAAAAAUAACACCAAUAAUCAAGAAUUUUCAAAAAAAGAAUCGAAUGAUGCAUCUGUUUCCAUUACCUGUUUUCAUGAUGGUUUAACUUUAUCUGAACCUUCUAUGGGAAACGAUAUUCCAGUAAUACAUAGCUAUUCGAAUCCAAAAUAUAGAGGUUCUAGUAUAAAAAUUCAUGAUAUUAAUAUAAAUCCCAAUGGAGGUGGAUAUCUAUUAUCACCAGAUGAUGUAGUCAUUGAUACUAAAAAUUAUUAUUUUGAAAAGUUUUAUGAGGAUAAUUAUUUAUUAACUUCCAUACGAUAUGGUUUAAGAGUUUGUAUUCCAAAUCAAACACAAUUAAGUGGAUUAUUUGUUAGAUUAGAAUUAGUAGAUGAUCGUACAAAUGUAGAAGUAACUUGUGUAAAAAGAGAACGUGCUGGAAAACGAGUUUUAAAAGGAAAAACAAAGGAAGAAUUUGAUUUAUCAAAACAUGGUAAUUUAAAGGCUAAACUUGAUUUUAGAUUUAGAGAAACAUCAUCCGAUAAUGUUGUAGAAUGGUUCAGAUUAAAUGUACAUAUAUUGAUGGAUAAUCAGAAAUUAUUAACCUUCUCUUCGGAACCAUUCAGAACCUCUGUUCGUUCUCCAACUAAAAAGUCAACUAGACAAGCAUUAGCACCUCCACUCAAUCCAACCAUUGUUCAAAUGGGUCUUGUGGGUAAUUCUACAACAUCAUCUUCGAGAAGAAGCCUUGAUGAUGAAGAUGAUGAAGAUCAAUAUGAUAAUGAUGAAGAGGAUGAUAAUGAUCAACAAGUAGAUGAAACUAAUGCCUCAUCAUCACCACCACCUCAACAAAAGAAAGUGAAGGGUGUUAUUUCACAAACAUCUGCUUCAGCCUAUCAAACUCCACCACCUCCACAACAAGGCUUUCCAUUCUAUCCUAGUUAUGCUCAACAAGUUCCCCCAAGACAAUAA